CGGCGGACUAACGGCCGAGGAAGAUGAAUGUGUGGUCGUCACGUGUCAGCAGCUGGCGGUCAGCUGACAGAUCCGGCUCUCUGAUGUUUACUUUCUGUUUCUAGAGUCUACCUGUGAGUGUGUGAGCGGAAUGCUUGGCCCAAGGGAACCAUGGUAGUGGUGAACUCGGUGCUGAAGCUGCUGCAGCGGCAGACCUACACCUGCCUGUCGCACCGCUACGGGCUCUACCUGUGCUUCGGGGGGCUCGUGCUCAUGAUCGUUUCCGCCUUCCAGUUCGGAGAGGUGGUGGUGGAGUGGAGUCGGGACCAGUACCAUGUGCUGUUUGACUCCUACAGAGACAACGUGGGCGGGAAAUCCUUCCAGAGCAGGCUGUGUCUGCCCAUGCCGAUCGACGUGGUUUACACCUGGGUGAACGGCACCGAUGUCGCUCUGCUGAAGGAGCUGAAGACGGUCAAAGAGCAGCUGGAGGAGGAACAGAAGGCUCUGAGGGAACGCCUGGGGAGAAAUGUGAGUGAGACGACUGAAGUGCCAAAAGAGAGUGUGAAGCCAGAGUGCCUGCUGUCCCACUGCAUCCUGGCGCCCAUGCUGGCGGUGGAGCCGGCGCUGCCAGCCAACGUGUCCCUCAAAGAGCUGCCGGCGCUCUCGUCCUCCUUCUCUGCUGCCAAAGAGCUGCUGCUCAUCAACAAACCCUUCCAGCCGUCCUCCUCCGCCUCCGUGCUGCUCUUCCACUCGCAGGCUGAUGCUGAUAAAGCCUUUACAGAUGUGUCCAGAGAAGAGCAGAAGUUCACUGUGUCCAGAUGUUACCUGACGACAGAUAAAGAGGCUCCAGGUCUGAUCCGUAUGCAGGCUCUGGCCUACCUCAGCGGUUUCCCAGCAACCUUUAAGGAAACGGAGCAGCUGAGAGUCAAACUGCCCUCCGUCAUCACCAGCAAGAUCAAACAGUUUGAGCUGUACUCUGAAGCCAGCAUCGCCCUGCUGCACCUGAACGCCCCGCAGGACUUCUCUGAUCUGAGCCAGCAGGCCAAGAAGAACCUGACGCUGGACGGGAAGGAGCUGACCGUCAGCCCCGGGUACCUGUUCUGGGACCUCACCGCCAUCUCCCAGUCCAAGCAGGAUGAAGACGUGUCGGCCAGCAGGUUCGAGGACAACGAGGAGCUUCGCUACUCGCUGCGCUCCGUGGAGAGACACGCCCCCUGGGUCCGACACAUCUUCAUCGUCACUAACGGGCAGAUUCCCUCCUGGCUCAACCUGGACAACCCCAGAGUCACCGUGGUCACGCACCAGGAUAUCUUCCUGAACAGCAGCCACCUGCCCACCUUCAGCUCCCCCGCCAUAGAGACCCACAUCCACCGGCUGCCGGGACUCUCCCAGAAGUUCAUCUACCUCAACGACGACGUCAUGUUCGGCAAAGACGUCUGGCCGGACGACUUCUACAGCCACUCCAAGGGCCAGAAGGUGUAUCUCACCUGGCCGGUCCCUAACUGUGCUGAGGGCUGUCCAGGCUCCUGGAUCAAAGAUGGCUACUGUGAUAAAGCCUGCAACAACUCAGCCUGCGACUGGGACGGAGGAGACUGCCUCGGUGCGGCGGGGAACAGCCGGUUCGCGGCGGGGGUGGGAGGGGGCGGGGCCGGGGGGGCAGGAGGACAGGUGUGGCAGUUUGCAGGUGGACUGGGAGGACUGGGUGGGACGUCCUACUGUAACCAGGGCUGUGCCAACUCCUGGCUGGCUGACAAGUUCUGUGACCAGGCCUGCAACGUGCUGGCCUGUGGCUUCGAUGUGGGAGACUGUGGACAAGAUCACUUCAGCGAGCUGCACCGUGUGACCCUGCUGAGGAACCAGAGCGUCUACACGCUCCCGUUAGGAGAAACCAGACCGUACUUCACCUUCGACCGGCUGGCCCGCCGAGCCUCGGAGGCCCACGUCAGCGACAGCGCCGCGCUGCGCCACACCUCCGUCGCCAACAAGUGGAGGAGCAUCCACCUGCUGCUCCACCCGGGCCACAACGCCACCCUGCUCCACUACAACCUCACCUUCCAGAGAGAAGAUGACUCAGAGUUCAUCAUGACCUUCAGCGUGGCGCUGGACACCCGGGAGGUUCCUCAGGUCAACGUGUCCCAGGACGCCAGCAGACAGGACGCCAAGGAGCCGAAGCCCACCGCCACGCCGGAGCCGCCGGUCCCCUUCGCUGAUGUUCCUGAAGAGAAACGAGCUCCUAAGGUCCAGAAGAGGAAGCCUGGAGAUCCUGAAGCUGUCGUAGAAGUUCCUUCAGUCAACGUGUCUCUUCUACCAGCUGCUGUGCAGAACGAGCUGCAGAAGGUGGAGGAGAAGCUUCUGGUGGGUGACAUCACUAUGAAGGGUUAUAACCUCACCAAGGCUGAACUCCUCAAACCGUACAAGGCUCUGGCUGCAAAGCAGCAAAGCCUCCACCCUCAGCCAGCUGGUCAGGGUGGAGAACAUCUCCAAGGAGAGCCUGAUGGAGAGCAGGUGGAGGGGAAACCUCCUGCUGGAGAGAAAACUGGAAACAUCCUUCAUGAAAACCCAAAGUCAGAAGAAGGGAGGACCAGGAGAGAUGCAGCGGUGGAGAAAAAACCUGUCCCUCCUCUUAUUCCGGUUCCUAUUGACGAGAAAGAACAUUAUAACGUGAACGCUGCCAUCGAGAGGCCCAAGACCUCCAAACUGUUGAGCAGCAUCUCCAAAAGCAGGAGCACCGAGGGUCGAUCAGAGCCGGCCGGAGCUGCAGGAGGAGCUCCAGUCGGGAGGAGGCUCCAACACUUUGUCUCCUCAGACAGAGGCUUCCUGCCCUGGGAGAGGAGGAAAUACUUCCAGGAGCUGCUGGAGGAGGAGGAGCGUCUGCAGAGGGAGCUGUCCUACGAGGCUGACGGAGGCGCUACAGCUCGGAGGCUGCAGGACACGUUUGCUGACUCGCUGCGUUACGUCAACAAGUUGCUCAACGGACAGUUUGGAUUCACGUCCCGCAAAGUUCCUGCACACAUGCCUCACAUGAUCGACCGCCUCAUCAUGCAGGAGCUGCAGGACACGUUCCCGGAGGAGUUUGAUAAGACAUCAGCUCAUCGUGUUCGUCACUCUGAGGACAUGCAGUUUGCCUUCUCCUACUUUUACUUCCUGAUGAGCGCUCAGCAGCAGCUCAACGUGUCCGAGGUGUUUGACGAGAUCGACACCGACCACUCGGGCGUCCUGUCCGACAGAGAGAUCCGAACUCUGGCCACCAGGAUCCACGAGCUGCCGCUCAGCCUGCAGGACCUGACAGGCCUGGAGCAGAUGUUGAUUAACUGCUCUAAGACUCUGCCAGCUAACCUGACCCUGCUGCACCUGGUCAACCCCACCCAGGAGGCCUACUACGACCCCAGCAUGCCUCCAGUCACUAAAGGCCUGGUCCUCCACUGUAAGCCCAUCACAGAACGCAUCCACAAAGCCUUCAGAGACCAGAACAAGUACAGGUUUGAGAUCAUGGGCGAGGAGGAGAUCGCUUUCAAGAUGGUGCGGACCAACGUGUCCCAUGUGGUCGGCCAGUUAGACGACAUCAGGAAGAACCCCAGGAAGUUCAUCUGUCUGAACGAUAACAUCGACCACAGCCAUAAGGACGCCGCCACGGUGAAAGCGGUGCUGAGAGACUUCUAUGAGUCCAUGUUCCCGCUGCCGUCCCAGUUUGAGCUGCCCAGAGAAUACCGCAACAGGUUCCUGCACAUGGAGGAGCUGCAGGAAUGGCGGGUUUAUCGGGACAAGCUGAAGUUCUGGACUCACUGCGUCCUCGUAACGCUCGUCAUCUUCACCAUCAUGUCCUUCUUUGCUGAGCAGCUGAUCCUGCUGAAGAGGAAGCUGUUCCCCAGACGCAGAGCCAACCGGGACACCAACCCUGAGAGGGUCUGAAGGACAGGAAGCCUUCCCUCUCCUCUGCUUUCUGCUCUUCCACUACCUCCACCCUCUCUCCUCCUCCUCAGAGAGGAUCCACAGUGGAAACAGGAAGUCUGGAGUCCUGCCGGUGCUUGUUGCAUCAGAGGACAGACUGAUGAAGAGUAUUCAGGAGGACAGAGACUGAUGAAGAGUUCAGGAGAUGAAGGACGGGCUGGCCGCUGGAGGACCGGCAGCCAGGAAGAAGAAGAAGAAGCUGUAGUUCUCCUUUCCUCCACUGGGGGCAGGAGAGACUUUAUACAACAAACAAACAAACAAACAAACAAACAAACAAACCAACACUCCCUCCACUCUGCACCACCCUCACCACCCCGUCACUGAUGGAUGAGCUGCUAACCAGACAAACAUCUGAUGGCAGCAGGGCAGGAAUCACUGUGUGUGUGUGUGUGUGUGUGUGUGUGUGUGUGUGUGUGUGUGUGUGUGUGUGUGUGUGUGUGUGUGUGUGUGUGUGUGUGUGUGUGUGUGUGUGUGUGUGUGUGUGUGUGUGUGUGUGUGUGUGUGUGUGACCAUUAAAUCAAAACAAACUGUUGCAUUUAAAGCUCAAACUAUUCUCAGAUUUUUCGCCCUUUACCUAUUUUGAUAAUUAAUUAAUUUCUUUGAGUCACUUUCAAGGAAAAAGUAUUUUUUCUGUUUUUAUAUCGCCGUAAGUUAAUUAUGUUUUGGGUUUUGGAUUUUUGUUCACAAUGGGUGAUGGGCAUUUUUUUUUUAAUUUAUAGACAAAGCAAUUGAUUUAUUCAAAACAAAAUUAAAAUAAUCGGUACUUGCAUCCCGGGUUGGCUUCAUUGUGAAGAAAUGAAGGGAAAAGAAGAUAAAGGAUGAUUAAAAUAAUAAGUGUUUGCUGUUAUCUUUGUCUUUAAAACAUGAAAACUUGAAGUGCCUUCGUUGUUCAUUCCUGCUUGUUUGAACAUUUUUUUAUGUCUUGUCUGUUUAUUUUUUACUGUUUUCUUCUAAUGUUGCCACAUCACACCCUAACGUAGUGAUUUACAGUGAGAAUGAUGAUAUAAUGUGGUCCAGAUGUAACUGAUUGUUAGUGAAACUACAGCUUCUGUAUGUGCGUCCCUGUGGGACUCAGCAGGCUCGCUACUGUCUGAAAUUCAGACGCCUCAGCAUGUUCUCUAACUUAUUCUGAUUGUGUUAUUGUGACGGUGAACCAGAGACCUGAUGAAUCUGAUGCUGCAGAAUGUAAACUCAGACAAUGCUCGGCAACUUCUUCCUUCUGAAUGUCACUUUUAUUAUAACGACAAAAAGAAAUAUGGAAGUGACUCCUAGAUGCCGUCAGCGUUUUACUGCUGCCAGAAAAGUCACAUGAUGUGCGACGGCAUGAUGUCAUCAGGCGCGGCGGCGAGGAACGUCUGGAAACGAGAUUUCCUCAGAUUGCAUCAGUUCAACGGCUCCUCCGACUGAAAUAAAUGUGGUUUGGUUCAGUCA